UGCGUCUCAGUUUUCACUUCCGUACACUACUAUGAGCAGGACGAGUGACGACGACUGAUAAAACGCUGCUCCGCCGUUCAUCUUUGACGAAAAACAGUUUGACAAAAUGUCAGAUUCGGACUCAGACUGUUAUGACUGGUCAGCCUCCAGACACCGCAGUAAUCUGGGAAAUGAUACAGUUAUUGCCCUCCGUCCAUCAGAGGACAUUUUCGAUCGAUGGCUCAGUAUCCCUGAUGAUAAAAAAAGAGAAGCUGGACAGCGGAUGAAAGUCUGUACCUUCUGGCUUCCCAUUCUGCUGCAGCAGAAAGAGGUCAACCACACCUCAGACUGGGCUUUACAAAUAGGUCUAAUUGAUAGUUUGGACAGUGAAGAUCUUAGUUUGAACAACAUCCACAUGGUAGAAAUACUAGAAGCAAUCCUGAGAGCCCUGGAAAGGGGAAGUGUGAAAAGGGAACACGCAAAGCACAUUUUCUGGAUAAGCAACAUGUUUAACUUGCGCUCCCCGGAAGCGUGGGAUGACGUGUUUCUCUGGUUGGAGCGAACAGGAGAACCUAAUAUUUGCCAGCGUGUCCUGGAGCUCGGCCACAAACAAGCAUGUGUUUCUGCGCUGCACCUCAUCUUCACUGAGUUUGCUAAAUAUAUUCAGGACAUGGGCAGCAACAUGGAGAGAACUAUGAAGUCACUAUUGGCUCAACCACCACCAUAUUAUAUAGAGAAAAGUGAAGACAUGAAGAAGAAAGGAAAUGAGAACUUUCAGAAAAGUCAGUACGACGAUGCUGUGAAGUUUUAUUCCAAAGCCCUCAAAUAUUACCCUGAUAACCACAUAAUAUAUGGAAACAGAGCCCUAUGUUAUAUCCGAUGUAGAAAGUAUCUAAAGGCAGUUGGUGACGGAAAACGUGCUGUACUGAUAAAACCUCUCUGGGCAAAGGGUCACUACCGCUACUGUGAGGCUUUGUUUUCGUUAGGCGAGAUCAGAAAGGCCAUAGAGGCCAACAAGUUAGCCCAGAGUCUGUGUGGGGAUGACCAUGAUGGAGUCAAAGACUUGGAACAACAACAUAAAAAAUUCAUCACUGAAAUGAGAGAACUUAAAGUUGGAAAAUCAAAGAAUAAGAAUAGGAGACCUGACGGCACACGUAGAGCAGAUGCAGCAGAAUCACCAGUAAAGAUGGACAUGAAAACAAGCAAGGUCUUUGAGGUUAAAAAGGACAAGCAACCAGGUAAAAAUGAACAGGCUGCACCGAUGAAGAGCAGUACUAAAGACUCUAAACCCUCAAAAAGUGAGGUUCAUACAAAGAAUGUUAAAGUGGAGCACCACGGCACCACAGCACAGAAAAAAUCAAUCAACAGAAAUUGUCAGUCUGGAGAGGAGAACCAGGCGGUCGGUGGUGAAUCAGCAGACGUGUGUAAAGAGUUGAGAUCACUGGUUCAGGAUGCCCACACUGCUCUGACCGACCUCCGCAGCCGCAACGCAGAGCAGGCCUUCAGCAAGGCACUGACCAUUCUAGAGACUAAAACACUGAAGGUCCUUGGGCUCUCCACAGUGGACAUGCUGUUGCUGCUGUAUGGUCGAGCAGCUGCUCUAACAGAUAUUGGUCAACCCGAGGAACUCUCCGAAGCAAAAAAGCUUGUGCAGAAGAUCAGCUCAUUUGAGGAGAGGACAUUUCAGUGUCUGGUUCACUAUGCCAUUGGGAAAUUAUUACUCAAAGAGAACAGGUUUGCAGUUGCUCUCGAGCAGUUUUCUGACUCCUUGCAGAUGGUGAAGAAUCAAAUAACUCCUGGUAAACUCACCUGGCCCUUAACAAAAGAGAUUGUCAAAGAAACACUACCUGAAUAUUUCCUGGUAAUUCUGGAAAAUGCUAUAGAGCUAUGUAAAUUUCCUCCCAUUCCUGAUGCUGUGUGUCGAUUUGAGAAAGGCCAUAGCUCAUUGAAAGCUGAAAUCUACAUAACUGACCCUGAUUUUAAGGGCUUCAUUCAAAUAUGUUGUUGUCAGAGUUGUACUGUUGAAUACCACAUCACCUGUUGGAAGACCCUCAAGGCAUCAAACUUCUCUGAAAGAAAUGAAAAGGAUUUCUUGCACGAAGCAUGUUUGACGCCAGACUGUCUCGGCCAGAUCUGUAGUAUCAGAAUUGUUGGCCCAACCGGCUUGUUGAAGUGUAAGUUUGAUGUUGCCAUCCCCAAAUCACGCACUUCUCAGAAGCCAAAAGUGAAUCAGAAAUGUACAAGUCUGAAGAAGUUGCAGUCAAAGACGGGGCACAAGCUCAAGAGGAAGCAGAAUAAGCUGUCAUUUGAAGGUAAUCAGACCAUCAACGACGAGAUCUUGCAGCAGACAGAAGACACAGCGACUAAGAGUCAACAGAAAGCUUGGUUGCUAUACAGGGAUCGAGUUCUGCUGCAGAUCAGCCAGAAGAUGGAUUUGCUGAAAGAGGAGAAAGGCCUCCAAGUGUCUGUGCUGGUGAGCAGUCUGAAACCGUGGCUGGAGCUGGACUCGAUGAAGGGGAACAAGCUCGCUGAGAGGAUGCUUAACUGGCAGCAGCAGCCACUGGAGACGUUGGGACAGGCUCUGGAGCUCUUACUAGAGAGACAGAAUCGCGUUUGGGCUCGUGUUCUCAUCCAGAUACUCAGCAACCUGGAUGUGAAUCCUAAACUCAACAAGUGGGCAUGUCAGCUCAAUGAUGCAGGCCUGAAUGCUGCCACAUCCUUCAUUGAGCGCUACGCCGGACACUUGGAGCAGCUGGACCUGGGUCUUCUGCUCAGUUUUGGUCCAUUGCAGGAGAGGAUUUUAAUGAAGCUCGGUUCUAUGCCAGAAAUUUUUUCAAGUAUCGGCCUGACUGUGACUGAUUAUCUAAAACAGGCCCCACCACAUGACAUCAGACUCUUUAUCUGGACUCUGGAGGAGCAUAGGGACGACUAUGUUGCCUGUCACACUAUACUGGAUGAGUAUUUUGAUAUGAUGGAUGGCCAUUGUUCAGUCUUAAAAAAGUCUGAUGAAAAUGAAAAUAAUUCUCCUACGAAGACUAAAAAUCGAAAAAAGAAACUGAAUGCAAUAAAGGGCAUAUAUAGUUUUCCUCAGACAAGCGAUGUAACGCCGAGAGACGAGUGGGACCAUGACUUGUUUGAAGACGACUCUUUAUCAUUCCUUCACCCCGGCGAUCCGUUCAGUGUACCCAGUCACCUUCGAGAGCAAGUGGCCGAUUUUGAGGAGCAGUACAACGGCACCAGUCAACCAGUUUGCUAUAAAAAGAUUUUGGACAACCACCCUGACCCAACCAAAGAGAGUUUGUAUGACUAUUUUGCUCAGAUCUUGGAGGAGCACGGUCCCCUGGUUGCUGAAGACCCUCUGCUGGUUGGUGAACUGGAGUAUUUCCCAUCCGAGGCUCAGCUAAAGAUCGAGCAGUCAGGGGGUUUCGAGUCCUUCCUCCUCGAGUCCCUCCGCUUCAUAAAGAUCGGCAAUUGUGUCGGUCUGGCUAAGCAUGCUGUCAGCUUGCAGCAAGCUGGACUUGGAGCCAGUCUUGAUGACCUGGACGUUAUCGUGGAUCCCGACGCACACAGACAAACUCCUGAUUUUCAUGAACCCACGUUCCCAAACCAAUGGGACACGGUUUCCUCUGCACAGCCUCCAGUGUUUCCCUCCUUCUCAAAUCCUUUCAGUUUUAGCUUUCACUCGGGCAUUGCAGUCGACCCCUCUGCUGUCAUUUUCAAAGGGAAGGAUCUCUUGACCCAGUGGAGUAAUGCUUAUGACCGUCCACAGCAGUUCCCUUACUUUGGCGAUGUUGGCGAGCGUGAGCUUCGCGGCUAUAAACCAGACAGGAUUUUUGGAGUGGAGUCAUCAGGAGGAGUCACUUCAAGGACACCUGAGAAUGAUCUUUUGAGGAAAGACGCAGUCGUGCAGACAUUUCCAGAGACGAUGAGCAGUGUAGCAGUGAAUACAGAGCCUCAUGAGCGCUUUGAGAGAUACCAGGGGGACAUCAAUAAGAAGGAGAAGGGUAAUGUGCGACUGGAGAAGCAGAUCAAGGGAAUGACUAGCAGUUCUAACAAAGUUGUCCAGAAGCACAAAGAAGAAAUGGCGUCCAUUGAGGAGGAAAUACGCAACAUCAACACCAAGACACAAAUGACCAAUAGAGAGCUGACGCUGUUCCAGCACAAACUGGAGGAGGAGGUGAAAAAGGACCAGAACGAGAAGAAAGCCAACCAGGAAGUUCUCAGGUCCAUCAAGCAGAAGAUCGACGAGCUGGUGGAGGAACAUGGACGUCUGGCCAGAAACAUCAGAGACAACAAAGCCAACUAUGACAAAAAGCUGAGGGAAUUUCAAGAGAAAAGCAAUCAGUCGGCAGCUGAGAAGAUGAGUCUGGAAGAUGAGAUCAGGCGCUGCAAGGACUCGAUUGUUUCAGUCACUAGGAGAUCUCACACAGCUCAGGUGUCGGUGGCAGAGAGCAGCCGUGAGCAGGGUUUACACGGCCUCUACCAUGAGCUGGCAGAAGCCAAGGUUUUUCUGAGCAGACUGAAUGAAGGAAUGGACAGGCACCCAGACCCAGCCCUGGACAUCUUUAGAGGCUCCUGGAGAUCCAAAGUUCAAGAAAUUGAAAAGAAAAUCUCCACUGCGGAGGCGCACUACAAGGAGCAGAUUGAUCAGGUGAAGAAUGGGGGAAGAGUCGGUGAGAGUCUCCUCGGUAACGCAAACGGCCGUUCUGAAGCUUCAGCACCAACGGUUGCUGGAGCAGCCAAAGACCUCAGACCUCAGCCUUCAGCGUCGAUCACCCAGCGGACGGCUGCAGCCGCCGCUGUGGCAACUGCUCCGGCUCGAACGCAGCACAAACCUCCUGCCACCAAACAGGAGCCUUCACGCAACACGCUGUAUGAGAAAAUCAUCGACCGCCUGCUCGUUAUUUUCCCAGACUACACGAGGUUGGACAUGUUGCGGCGGAUCCAGGAGCUGCGUAUGUCCAGCGGUGGAAGCUUCAGAAGCAUGGAGCUGCAGGAUGUGGUUGGUGGAGUGACUCAGCUGAUCCUGGACCAUCAGGAGAAGCUGAGUUCUGUGAGAUCCAACAUUGUGAGACGUGGGAAUGCAGCUGCGACUCCGCCUCCCGUCUGGCAGCCCAUUGAAAACCAUAGAUUUGUACAUCCCGACGCAAUCAACGUGGAGGAUCCCUGUAUCAUCUGUCACGAGGACAUGAGUCCACAGGACAUUUGUGUGCUGGAGUGCAGACACAGCUUCCAUGAAAACUGUAUCAGGUCAUGGCUGAAGGAGCAGAGCACCUGUCCCACGUGCAGAGACCACGCCCUGAUGCCCGAUGACUUCCCCGCGCUGUCCAGUCGGAGACGUCCAGCUCCGUGACGUCCCUAUCGUCCUGCUUGCCGUGACGUAUAAACGUCUUGCUUUUCUUAUUCACCGUUUUAUUUUUACCUUUUUAUUUGUUUAAUUAAAAUCUUAAAAUGAUGCAUAACAAUGAUUUUACUUUAUACGCUCUCUCUCUCUCUCUCUCGAGGGACGUGCAUGGAAAAAACGGAAGGUUUUACGUAGUGGAAAUAAAACUCGUCUCGUGUUUGA